AUGGGUAAUCAAUGUUUGUCUUGCCUUAGAAAUUUAGUUUUAGGAUAAAAUAUUUAGAAAAUGUCUGAAUUACCUUAAAUUGAUAAGCAUUAACAAGAUGAAACCUAUACAAAAGUGAAUUAUAUAGAUGAGUCUGAAAAUUAUCAUGAAUACUCAGAAGAGUAAAUACUUGCUAUUUCAGACAAUAUAUAAGAAACUAUAGAUUUAUCAGUUGAUAUUUUCCUUUAUAGACUCAAGACAACUAAAGAAUUGGAAGAGCUUUAUCAUGACGAUCAACUAAUUAUUCUUUUUAAGAGUUUUAAACUUGAGAGAUACACUAUAAUAUAAAUCAAAUAUGAAUUCAAAAUAUAGAAGACAUCCAUAAAUGAAUUUUUAAAUUAUACUUAUCUUACUCAUAUUGAUUAAUUUACAACUUUGCAGACAACCAAUGAGUUCUCAUUAAUAUAUGCAAGUUUCAAGAAAAUUUAAUUUGUUGACUCUCGAGAAUAUGUUUUCAUAAAAUAUUAAAAGCAGAUUUCUGCAAAUAAACAUAUUCAAGUACUACGUUCCAUAAAUACAGAUUAAUUAUAAUAAACUACUAGAGGAAUUAUUUACAUAAGUGGUUUUCUUUUGGAAGAAUUGCAAAAUUAAGAAAUAAGAGUAUAAGCUUAUGCUGAAGUAGAUUUUAAAAUCAAAUUACCUCCAGGUAUGAUAAAGAAGGCAUUAUCAAUUGAGCUUAAAAAGGCUCUUUAAUAAUUCAUUUAUUGA